AUGAAUGAAACGGGUGAAAAUAUGGUGGACAAAAAGGACAAAAGUCUCACUGAAGAUGACUCUUAUUCAGAAAUAGAAAUAUGGACAAACUUUACACAGACAACCGGAUUUCACGGAUUGAAUAAGAUAACUUUCAUGAAAAAUAACCCACGACAGAUGAUCAGAAGUAUUUGUUGGAUAAUAGUUUGGCUCAUAUGCGCUGUAUUCCUGAUUUACACAGUUGUUGUGGAACUGAAGAAUUAUUACAGCUACCCAACGAUAUCAAAUACCUUCAUUCAACUUGAAGAAAAAUUAUCCUUCCCGGCGGUCACCAUUUGCAAUAUGAGUCCGCGUUCAAGUCAAGGAAUGAAAAAGGAUGCCAAAACUAAUAACCUUCAUAUGACUACAAGUGCUUUCCAUUCCUUGUCAUCUGGAGUGAAAGUAGCUGUUCAUGACCACCUAGUAGAACCAAUCAUGACAAAUGAAGGACUUGUUAUUAAACCUGCUUCAGAAGCAAACCUAGGAGGACAACUAGGACUUUUCUUAGGUGCCAGUAUUUUGACCAUUACAGAACUUUUGGAGUUUAUCAUAUUUCUUAUUUGGUCUUUCAUACAUCGGGUUAAGAAAAAGAGAAAGAACGAUCAACGCAAGACACUUGUGGAAAUAUUUAAACCGACCAAAUAUUGA